UGGGCUGCAUCUUCUCGGAGAUGGUGACGGGGCGGCCGCUGUUCCCCGGGGCCACCGUGGAGGAGCAGCUGCACUUCAUCUUCCGCCUGCUGGGGACCCCGACGGAGGAGACGUGGCCGGGCAUCGGUGCCAACGCCGAGUUCCGGGCGCACAAGUACCCGCUGUACCCGCCCGAGGGGCUGCGGCAGCACGCGCCGCGGUUGGACCAGGACGGCGCUGACCUCCUGGGGCAGCUGCUGCAGUUCGAGGGGCGGCGGCGGCUGCCGGCGGCGGAGGCCAUGGGACACGCCUUCUUCAGCUGCCUGGGGCCGCGCGUCAGCGCCCUGCCCGACACCACGUCCAUCUUCGCGCUGAAGGAGAUCCAGCUGCAGAAGGAGCCGGGGCUGCGCUCGGCGCCCCUGCCCCCCACAGGUUCUUCCGCCUUCCGGGUGCUCGACACCGAGUUCUGAUGUUGAGCAGCCCCCGGACUGCUGCUGCGCCCCCAGGACCCCCCAAACCCGGGGCUGGGGUCACCCCAAAAAUCCUCCAAACCUUUGGGGAUGCCCCAAAACUCCGAGGGGGGGGGGGGGGGCUUGGACCGGGGGCCCCCCCCCCCCCCAAAAAAUCCCCCUCCCCCCCGAGGAACUGCUGCUGGAUUUUGGGGGGUUUCACGUGGGACCCCCAUUGUGGGGGGGGUCGGGGGGGGGGGGUUUUGGGGUCCCCCCCCCCCGUUUUUUGGGGUCCCCCCCCAUUUUUUGGGGGUUUCUUCCCCCCCCCAGUUUACGUCGAGUUUUAUUUUUGCAAGGCAAUAUUCUAAAGCAGAGUCUAUAUGGGCCCCUCCCCCCGGGGCGGGGCCUGAGGGGGUGGAGCCUGAGGGGGAGGGGCCAAAAAAAGGGGCGGGGCAUUGAGGGAGUGGGGGAGGGGAGCUUACUCCUGCUUUACUCCGGGGUUACUCGAGGCUGCGGCGUCUCCUGGGAGGUUGGGCCUGGUUCACUCCAGGGUUACUCCAUUGUUACUCAGACUCUACUCCAAGGCUGGUCACACGUCACUCCAUUGUUACUCCAUUGUUACUCAGACUUUACACCAAGGCUGGUCUCACGUCACUCCAUUGUUACUCCAGGGUUCCUCAGACUUUACACCAAGGCUGGUCACACGUCACUCCAUUGUUACUCCAGGGUUCCUCAGACUUUACUCCAAGGCUGGUCACACGUCACUCCAUUGUUACUCCAGGGUUCCUCAGACUUUACUCCAAGGCAGCUCAGGCCCAGCUCUGUGGCCACACCUGCCCUACUCCAGCCUUACUCCGCCACUACUCGGCCUCUUCUCGCUCGCGGCCGUCGUUCCUCUGCUCCUGCUCUCGGUUACUCCCGAGUUACUCCGGGUUCUUACUCGGAGCCUUCUCAGCUCUUACGUCGAGGUUGCUCAGGACUCGAUUCCUACCCAGACUUUACUCCGGAGUUACUCACGGUCAGGGCAGGCUCUUUACUCGGCUCUUACUCCGCAGUUCCUCAGAAUUUACUCUGAGUUUCCUCUGAGUUUUCUCAGCCUUUGAGGUACUCGGGACUUGCAGGCAGGACUUACUCCAGACUUACUCCAGGCUUAGGCGGCUCCUUACUCCACCCUUGCUCAGCUCUGCCUUUUGGGUUGUUUUCCCGUUACUCGCUCCUUACUCACACCUUGCUCCGGGUGCUUUGAUCCUCUUUGCCUUUGCUCGGCGCUUACUCCGCCCUUACUCAGCGCUUCCGCGCUCGCUCAGCCCCUGCCCGGAGCUUCCUCGGCCUUUCCCUGGAGGUCGCUCACUCCUUGCCCAGAGGUUGCUCAGCCUUUACUCAGAGGUUACUCAGCCCCGGGCUCUCCUCCGACGUUCCACAGCUUUCGGCCUGCCCCGCCUUACUCACAGGUUGCUCAGGCCUUACUCACAGGUUGCUCACGCUCACCCCGUGGUGGCCUUACCACGCUCAACGCUUACUCCGAGGUUACUCCGGCCUUCUCGGGCCCCACCCCCCGUGGGCGGGGGCUCCGCCGCCUUCGCUACUCCACCUUUACUCAGCCGAUACAAAGCCCCUCCCCCGCUUACUCCGAGGUUGCUCAGUCUUUCCUCAUGCGUUACUCGGCCUCCGCUCCCCGUGCUGCUCCAGGCCUUUCCUCCCAGGAUGCUCCGAGGAUACUCCACGGAUACUCACCCUUUACGCUCAGCCCGGGCUCCGCAGCUCUUACUCCGAGGUUACUCAGCGCUCACUCCAGCCCAGGAUCUCGGCGUUACUCGAGGCUUGCCACGCUGGCGUUACUCAGACGUUACUCGGGCCCUACUCCAGGGUCACAGCUGGGAGGGGAGUCAUCCUUACUCAGGAGUUACUCACCCCUUACUCCGAGCUCAUUGCGGUACUCCGAAGUUACUCACGAUUUACUCCGAGACCACUCGGCCCCACGCCGGGGCAGACGCUCCUCCAGAGUUACUCACACUCUACUCCAGGCUGGCGUUUCACUCCGGGAUUACUCACGUUUUACUCCAGGCUGGCGUUUCACUCCGGAGUUACUCAUGUUUUACUCCAGGAUGACAUUUCACUCCGGGAUUACUCACGUUUUACUCCAGGCUGGCGUUUCACUCCAGAGUUACUCAUGUUUUACUCCAGGAUGACAUUUCACUCCGGAGUUACUCACGUUUUACUCCAGGCUGGCGUUUCACUCCGGAGUUACUCACGUUUUACUCCAGGAUGACAUUUCACUCCGGAGUUACUCACGUUUUACUCCGAGGUGGAGUUUCACUCUGCGGUCACUCACAGUUUACUCUGGGGUUACUCACGCCCACAAUGGACACCUCUCCCCUCACCGGCUACUCCGGGGUCGCUCCCGCGUUACUCCGGGGUUACUCCGGGGUUACUCCGGGGCCGUGUUUUACUCCGGGGCCACGCCCACCUUACUCUGCUUUUACUCCGAGGCUCCGCCCCCUGCCCCGCCUCACUCAGGACCGCCCCUCCCCCGCCCGUGGGGGCGGGGCUUCGCUCAGCGGGGGGCGGGGUCGCUGAGGCCCCGCCCCCUCCCUGGAGGGGCACAGAGCCGGGGGAGGGGUUGGGUAAGCCCCACCCCUGUGACGUCACAAGGGGAGGGCAAUGGGCGGGGCCGCGGCGUUUCGGCUGUAACGGGACCGGACCAUUAAAGGCUCCCCCGGGGGAGCGGCGAGAACGAG